AUGUUUCGAGCAGCAGCAGCUGGGCCCUUUGACGAUGCCGUCGCCAAGGCUACCGACGAGAACCUCACCUCCGAGGACUGGGGCGCCAUCAUGGAGGUCUGCGACAAGGUCACCAGCGACCCGAACGGCCCAAAAGAGGUCGUCCAAAGCAUGAUCAAGCGUCUCGCCCAUCGCAACGCCAACGUCCAGCUCUACACCCUUGAGCUCGCACACGCCCUCUCCCAGAACUGCGGCAAGCCCAUGUGCCGCGAAAUUUCCAGCCGCGCCUUCACCGAUGCUCUCCACCGCCUCGCCAGUGAUCGCAACACCCAUGGCCAGGUCAAGCCCAAGGUCCUCGAGCGUAUGAAGGAGUGGACCGAAAUGUUCAGCGACGACGCCGAGCUCGGCAUUAUGAGCCAGAUCUACUACAUGGUCAAGAAGAGCAACCCCACCAUCCACCCUCCCAGCGCACCACAAAAGCGUGGCCUCACCGAUCUCGAUCGCCAAAAGGAGGAGGAUGAGCUUCAGAUCGCACUCAAGCUGAGCUUGGAGGACGAGGAGCGCAAAAAGGUCGCACCGGCCGGUUCCAGCAAUCAAGCUGGUUCCAGCGGCCAGCAGGAGGCCGCGCCGCCCGCGCCACCCGCGGGAACCACAGCUGCCACAGUCAGCCGAGUCCGAGCCCUGUUCGACUUUGCCCCCUCGGAGCCCGGUGAACUUGAAUUCAAGAAGGGCGACGUCAUUGCCGUUCUCGAGAGCGUUUACAAGGACUGGUGGCGAGGCUCCCUCCGGGGCAAGACCGGCAUCUUUCCUCUCAACUACGUUGAGAAGCUGACCGACCCAACACCGGAUGAGCUGCAGCGUGAGGCCCAGAUGGAGGCCGAGGUCUUUGCGGAGAUCAAGAACGUCGAGAAGCUAUUGACUCUGCUGAGCACCACCAACACGGCACCUAAAGAUGAAGAUAACGAGGAGAUUUCAAAGCUCUAUCACCAAACGUUGGCCAUCCGACCGAAGCUGAUCAAGUUGAUUGAGAAGUAUUCGCAGAAGAAGGAUGACUUCACCCAGCUUAAUGAAAAGUUCAUCAAAGCUCGACGGGAUUACGAAGCCCUCCUUGAGUCCUCUAUGGCCCACCCACCCCAGCACAGCUAUCAGCAGUAUGCUCUUCGGCCAGGACCUUCGGGAGCGGGCUAUGGAGGAUACCCUCCUCAGCCGCCACCGGAGCAAGAGCAGAGAUACGGUCUUCCCCGUCAGGACCACGUCCCAUACCAAACCUCGUCUCCUCCUCCUAACUUCCAGCCCCAAUCGCAAAACACAGCUCCUUUCUAUGUUGCCGGUGCCGAAAUUCCACCCACCCAGCAGCAGUACCCGCCGAGAAACGAGACUCCCGCCGACGGCAGACAGCCCGCUCCCAUCAACACCUCUCCUCCCGCCCAGGCCUACACCCCAUACUCUCACCCUCCUCCCCAGGACCCCAACCCGUACUCCCAGAGACCCUCGAGCACUUAUGGCGCUCAGGAGCUGGCUACGUCGGUCUACGACUCGCCCAUCGCGCCGAACAACCCCAACUCGGCUGCGACGUACUCGAGCUCCGUGUACUCGCCUGAUGACCAGAACAACAACUCGCAUCCCUCCAACUCAUAUGCCCCCCAGCAGCAACAACCGCCCCCCGCCCAGUAUAAGAGCUACAUGCCUCCCGACCAGGCGCCCCCUGCCGUUCCAACCAGCCAGCCCCCACAGCCUCCGCAUAACGUCAUGACGCCACCUCCUCAGCAGGCCGGCAGUAGUGCAUACGAUUCCCGCCACAACCUGCCCAGCCAGGCUGGUGGCCAACAACAGUACAAGCCCUAUGUCCCCCCGGGUGAUGCUCCCUCAGCUCCAGCUCCCAACGACUACUAUCGGCCGAACGGCGUGUACUAG